AUGGACUACUUCACUGGUCCCAACGCGAAGGCUGCGGUGUUCGCAGUAGGCUCUGCCCGCUUUACCCUGCCCGCAGAAGUUAUGGGGCGAGCAGAUGUGCAGAGCAGCGGUUUGGUUCACGUGGUUCGGAAAGAAGGAUUUAAGGAUAUCCCCCCAAUGGUGGCUAGGACCGAAGACGGUGCUCUUCAGAUCAGUAGACCGCAGCAGGGAUUUGAACUCAUGGUCGAGCACCUACUGGGCGUGGAGCCCUUGCGCGGCUGUCCCAUGUCCGAGUUUGCGGAAAAAUACAUUGCCUUAAAAACGGAACUCCUCUACUGGCAGCUUCCAACCAUUGAUGUUGCAUUUGACGAUCCUUUGUUCUAUCAAUCCGCCUGGACUGACGGAGACUGCUUUUUUCCACUUAGUCAGAAGGAUGCCGCUGCGUUUCGUCGUUCUGAGGAAGAGGAGAUGCGCCCCGCGAAUUUGCUGCAGCUCGAGACAGCUCCAAUGCCUGCAGAGCUUGAGGGCCUCGCUGAGGGCCCCACCACCAACUGGCAAUGUUGGGCAACACCAGAACCACCGCAAAUAGAAGAGGGGCAAAGGCCAGUUCAGAGAAACAGGCUGUACAUUGUAGCCGGGAAGGAUCGCUUCUUUUGUGUUGUUCCUGGGCUGCGUCACCCGUGUGUACACUGUGCUACUCUGCCGGACCGCAAUGGCUUUACUCCCUUGGCCCUUAUGGCGGGGCCUACUGAGAUGACUCUCAUUUGGUCUCGCGGAGCUUUUGUGCAUCUCCACGGGUUUCAAAAGAAGGCGGGGGAAAUGCGAUACCAAAUAGACCUCAUAGAAAGAGAGCCCUCAUGGCUUUGCGUACAUCCCACACUUGGGGCAGUUCUCUCUGGUGUUGAAGGCCCCGUGCCUCACGUCUUCUGCUUCUCAAUGCCAAAGGCACAUAGAGUCCGCUUCUUCCCAUGGGGCGCUCUCGCGAUCAGCGGGGAGGUCCUCUGCGAGCCUCCAUCCACAGCAGGAGAAGGAACUGAAACGCAUGCGCGCGGCCUGCUCGAUGCGCUUGGGAUGUCUACUCUACUGCCUGGCCAGUCUGAGCCGAAGGCGGUUCUGGCGGGGACGCUCCUCAGGUUUAUCAACAAGGCAUUCCAGCAGCCUCUCCGCAUUUUCUUUCUCAACGUCGAGAAAGAUGGGCAGCCGGUGACGCUGCGCCGUUUGGCGGAUUUCGACAUCCAUGACCUGCGAAACGAGGACUCUAGCGGUUUCAGCGUCAUGGUGGCUCUCAGAGGGGCUCUUGCAGAGACAAGGGCUGACUCCGCUGUUGCAGACAAGAUUAGGGGCGGUCGGGCCCUGGUCUUUCCUAUCAACAGCAAAGGGGAUUUUGUUAAGGAAAGCCAAGUUCUCAUAGACAACGGUGGUCCAAGGAGAGAAGAGCUCAUCUCGAUUGCCCUCUACGGAGAGUAUGACUGCGAAGCUGGAAAGUACAAUGUAUUUGAAGCUGGAAAACGGCUCUAUGAAUUCCACAAGCAAAUGUUCAUGACUCGAAGCAUGGGGGGUAAUAGCGGAUGUAAUGUCAUGUGA